CGUGCUCAACGUGUUCUUUUCAAUUGUUUUCUUUCCGGGGGGCUAGAGUUUUUGUUUACUUUCGAUUCGCGCUCGCAUCGUGUGAAAGUGCAGCUUGGCCAGACUUUUAGCCGCCUUUAAUAGUUAUAAUUUGCACUAAUUACGACCGCAAUGAACGAUUUCGGGCAGUUUGCCAAAGUGCAAGGCUCUAAGUUGGUGCCCUUUUUGGUAACCCUCGUCCUGUAUUUCUCGCUGGUUAGAAAAGAUCCCCAAGGAGAAUUAUGGACAACAGUAUUGAAAUGUCUGCCAAUUGUGGCCCUGAUGUUCUAUGUGGUGGCCAAGGGAAUCUCGCUCAAAAAAGAAUAUCGACGCUCACUUUGGAUUCUCCUUGGCCUGGUUUUCUCCUCCGGUGGUGAUGCCCUGCUCAACAUAAAUCUUUUUCCCUUUGGAAUGAUCUCCUUCGGAGUGGCUCACGUCUUUUAUAUCAGCGCAUUUGGAUGGAAGCCUGUAAAGUGGUUCAUUGGAAUUAUUCUCUAUAUAGCAGUAACACUUUUUGUUUACUUUGUGCAUCAUAAUUUGGACGAGAUCCUCAUCAUCGGGGUGCCAAUCUAUUGUUAUCUUAUAACCACCAUGUUGUGGAGAUCUCUGGCUCGAGCUGUGGAUUCGAGGACCUUUCUCAGCAUUUUCUGCGCCAUUGGGGCUAUUUUAUUUGUGAUAUCCGAUGCCCUGAUCGCGGUCACCAUGUUUGUUGGAGUGCCCGUGCCCUUCGCCCGCCUCCAAAUCAUGAUCACCUACUAUGCCGCCCAGUUUGCCAUUGCGUUGAGCACCGCGGACGAUGGUCCUGCGACUCAGCGGUCUCUUCGCAAGAAAAUCAAGUAAAUUAGUGCUCAAUGCUCAACUGUUGGAAACCCAUAGACAACAUAAACGCGACCACCAAAUUUAGUACUUCCAAACCGUCUAGAUUAAUGCCAUUUACGUGUUUGUUUCCCCAUCCCUGUAGUUUAGUGUAAUCAAAUAUUUUUCCCUGUCUUUUUGGUGGAUGUGGAAACGGAUAUUAGUAGAGUUUAUUAGAUGUUUGUUGACUUGAAAAAAUAAAUGUAUUAAAAUAUU